CAAGGACAAAGUUUUCUUAAAAUUAACCUUUUAAAUUUAUUUUGAAGACACCAAGGUCUGGGAACCAUGUGACUCGUGCCUUGUUUAUAAAAGUAGCGAGCUACGUUUUGGUUUUCCGCAGUCUUUGAACUUCAGCAUGAGUAUGUCUCGGUGGCUGGCGUGUGCUGCGGCGUUUUCUGUCUUCUGUGUCUUAAAAGCCAGCUCUCUGGACACUUUCCUCGCGGCUGUUUACGAGCAUACUGUGAUCCAGCCUAAACAUACCCUGUUGCCCGUGUCUCACAGUGAAGCACUGGCAUUAAUGAACCAGAAUCUGGACCUUCUGGAGGGAGCGAUCGUAACAGCAGCGAAGCAGGGUGCACACAUUAUUGUGACUCCAGAAGAUGGUAUAUACGGUGUGCGUUUCACCAGGGAUAGUAUCUACCCAUACCUGGAAGAUAUCCCAGACCCUCAAGUAAACUGGAUACCCUGUGAUAACCCAAAAAGAUUUGGCUCUGCCCCGGUGCAGGAGAGACUCAGCUGCUUGGCCAAGAACAACUCAAUCUAUGUUGUGGCAAACAUGGGAGACAAGAAACCAUGCAAUGCCAGUGAUUCUCACUGUCCGCCUGAUGGCCGAUUUCAGUACAACACUGAUGUGGUAUUUGAUUCCCAGGGUAAACUGAUUGCACGAUACCAUAAGCAAAACCUUUUCAUGGGUGAAGAGCAAUUCAAUGCCCCCAUGGAGCCUGAGUUCGUGACUUUCGACACCCCCUUUGGAAAGUUUGGCAUCUUCACCUGUUUCGAUAUUCUCUUCCAUGACCCUGCUAUCACCCUGGUGACAGAGUUCCAGGUGGACACCAUACUGUUCCCAACCGCCUGGAUGGACGUUCUUCCUCAUUUGGCAGCCAUUGAAUUCCACUCAGCUUGGGCUAUGGGCAUGGGGGUCAAUUUUCUAGCGGCUAAUCUACAUAAUCCCUUGAGGAGAAUUACAGGAAGUGGUAUCUAUGCACCCAGUUCUCCAAGGGCCUUUCACUACGACAGGAAGACCCAGGAAGGAAAACUCCUCCUGGCUCAGUUGGACUCCCACCCGAGUCACUCGCCAGUGAACUGGACUUCCUAUGCCAGCAGUGUAGAAGCACCCCUAAGCGAAAACCAGGAAUUCCGGAGUACUGUUUUUUAUGAUGAGUUUACCUUUGUAGAGCUCAAAGGGAUUGCAGGAAAUUACACUGUUUGCCAGAACAACCUCUGCUGCCAUCUAAGCUACCAAAUGUCCGAGAAGAGAGCGGAUGAGGUCUAUGCCCUUGGGGCAUUUGACGGGUUGCACACCGUGGAAGGACAGUAUCAUCUGGAGAUUUGCAUUCUGCUAAAAUGUAAAACUACCAAUUUACACACCUGUGGUAGUUCAGUGGAUACAGCUUCUACCAGGUUUGAAAUGUUCUCCCUCAGUGGCACUUUUGGAACCCAGUAUGUCUUCCCUGAGGUGUUGCUGAGUGAAGUCAAGCUUGCACCUGGGGAGUUUCAGGUAUUAAGUGAUGGGCGUCUGGUUAGCCUGAAGCCAACAUCUGGACCUGUGUUAACAGUCAGUCUCUUUGGGAGGUUCUACGAGAAGGACUGGGCAUCAAAUGCUUCCUCAGACCUCAUAGCACAUUCACUGAUAAUAAUGCUGAUUGUGACACCUAUUAUGCACUACUUGUGCUGAUAGGAUUUUUACAUUUUCCAUUUUAUUUAGAAAAUUCAAAAUGGUGGAUGUAGAAAAAAAUAUGUUUGCCAACAGUGGACUCGGGUGUAAGCGAAUGAAGUGUCUCUUCUUUAAAGAAACAUAUGCAUACCAGAUACAUUUCAGGAAAGUUAACAAAACUUUGAGCAUUGGUCAGUCUUGGAACUGAGUCGUUGGGCCAAAUGAAGGUCACAGUGUUUUAUUCAGAAGAAAUAAAAAUUUCAGUUAAAAGGCACUUCAAAAUAUCAUGAUAUAUAUUUACAAGAGGUUUCGAUCUAUUAUACAUCUUACUCAGUUAUGCUUAAAAUUUCCAAUGUGCUUGUUCAUUUGGGCCAUUUAGUACUUAUGUCAACAAUACAUUUCCAUUCUCUUAUGGACCAAAUCCUGUGGCUUGAAUUUUUAAAUUCAAGUCCCCGUUCCCACAACCUCGGAAUGUGACUGCCUUGGUGUCUUGGGAAAUAAAGACAGAAGUGGCAUCAUUAGCAUAGACUUUAGUCUGUUAUGACUGAUAUCCUCAGAAGAAAUCAGGACCAAGACAAGCAUCAAGAGAAGCCCAUGUGAACACAGAAAAAGAUGCUCAUCUACAACAAGGAGAGGGGCCUGAGGAGGAAGCAAACCUGCCAACAUGUUGAAUUCCAGGCCCCCAGAAUCACAAGGCAAUAAAUAAAUUUCUUUUUUAAGUC